AUCACAUUGCUCUCUUGAGCUCAGUGGUUCUCAGUUGUGUCCCACUCACACGUAACCACUUCCCCUCGUUCCUGUCUGCAGACUCUGUCAGUUUGAUCAGAAGUGCUUGAAAUGUUGAAGGGAGAGUAAGCGGUCAUGAAGGUUUUUCAAACCAGGAUCCUGUGUCUGAAUUUGUGUUUCAUCCUUACUUUACUGAUAAAUGCAGAUUAUUCCAAAUCUAAUCAAGAGCAAAAGAUUCGGCAGCACAUCAACAAAACAGUGUUUGCGGGGGAAACAGUUACACUUCACUGCAACAAAACCAAAUUAGAUGACGAUUUCACAUGGAAAAUGAACAGCUUCGUUAUUUUUAGGCAGGACACUGAAAGAAACAGAACAAUGAGAAACUUCAGCUCAAACAGGAUUCACAUCGACCCAGCAGCUCCAAGAGAGUUAUCAAUACAUCAAAUACAAGCGUCUGAUGCAGGAAACUACAGCUGUUACCCAGCAGCAAUAAGAUGGACAUUAACAAUAACAGAAAACACAAUCAGUCCAGAAUCACUCAAACAAAUGCCGCUGUACAUCAUCAUUAUCAUCAUCUCAUGUUCUGGAGUCAUAUUGAUCUGUCUGAUCAUCACCAUCAGCAUCUACAUUCAGAGGAGCUGUAAAAACAAUAAGCAGAGUCACAGAGAAAUGGGACAGGACUUUUCACAGGCACCAGCCCGAGGAAGGAUACAGACUCAAAACAGUCAGUACUUUGAAAAAUACAACUCAGUGUAUGGACAAGUGUGAAAAAGUCUGAAAAUCCUAUCUACCUUUGAUACCUUUGUUAUGUGAAUACUCAACUUAAUUAAGUAAUAUACAGUCAAACUGAAAGUUUUACAGCAUUACAACAAUUGUAUAAAAUGAUGUAAAAUGUGAUAAAUGCAACAGUAAACGAAGAACCUCUAAUGUAAAUAUUUGUAUUUUGUGUUUACAUGUGUCAUCAUACAUUUCUAAUCAUACAUCAUCUGAUUUGAAUGGCCCGUAUAGAGAAAAACAUAAGAAGAACAAUAUUUCACGUUAAACAGGUUGUUUUUGAAAACCUGUGAAUGAAAUAAAGCUGCUCUUAAUUGUCAUUGAUGACUGCAG